AUGGCCAACCAGUGCGUGAUACGCCUGAUGCGGGAGCUGAGACAGUUGGAUGAAGACGACGAUAUAGGUCUUGUGGUGUCCUACAAUGAAAGCAACAUCCGCGACGUUGAAGCCCUGAUCAUCGGCCCUCCAGGCACCCCGUACGCCAUGGGGUUUUAUCAAUUCCAAAUCAAGUUUCCUCCUGGUAAGGUUGUCACAAGAGAUUUGACAGCUGAUCUCGCGCAAGGCCUGGCCAUGGACCCUGAGCUCAUCCCUCUAGACUACCCCGAGAAACCCCCCCUCGUCGCCUUGCGCACCACGAAUAGUGGUACCACUCGAUUCGGUCCAAAUCUCUACGCCUGUGGAAAAGUUUGCUUGUCAAUCCUCGGCACAUGGAUCAGCGGGCCAAACGAACAAUGGAACCCGGUGCAAGGUCUAGCGACCGUCCUCCGAUCCAUUCAAAGCCUGUUGGAUGAGAAGCCAGUGAAACUUGAGCCAGGUUUUGAGAAUCACUCACGCGUCGAAGAAAGUGAGGCUUACAAUGCCAAGAUUCACCAUGAAAACCUCCGCGUGACUGUCAUCCAGCCGCUUGAAGCCUCCUUUCGCGACACGGAAGGGCAGCCUACCCAAGAACCGAGCCGAGACCCAAACGGGGAAACCAAGCAGUACCAGCAAGCGAGCCCAUUCCUGGACAUGCUCAAACGACGGUUCCUCUGGUAUCUCGAAUCCUACAAGAUGGCCAUUGACAAAGGCUUGAAAGACCACAGAUCGCCAAAAGGUGGCCGGUUCACGCUGAUGAGCUUUGAGUAUGGCUCGAAUGCCAUGAAAGGUAGAUGGGACUAUGAGGACCUGAAGAUGCGCAUCGAGAGGCUUGAAACCCAAAUUAUGGAUGAGAUCCACAGUUGGCCACGACGCGGACUUGAAGCUGAGCGGCAAGGUGCUUGUAUUGCAGUGCGCUUGCGCGCUCAGUUUGAGAAACUCGUCCCGGAGCUCACCGAGCGCACUGAGGGUAUGGUGUGUCUCGAGCUUGUGGACAACAAUCCGUUCUUAUGGCGACUCAUUUACCAUGGGCGCCCAAUGACUCAGUACGACGGCGGGGUGUUGAAGGCCAAAAUUUACAUCAGUCCCAACCAUCCAGCUGAGCAGCCACGAGUUUUCCUCGAGACACCGUUGUACCAUGUCCGCGUCUCACCCCAAAAUGCGCUCAUCUACCUCCCUCUCGAGACAGAAAACAUAGGUCAACACAUUGAUGGCAUCAUCAGCUCUCUCGAAGAAGAACGCCCGCCUGUCAACCCGCUGAUGACUGUGAACCCGGCGGCGAGUGCACUUUGUUGGGGAAGUCCACAGGAACAGCGACAAUACCGUCGCAAUCUCCGCCGCUCCGUCGAGGCUACUCUCGAGUAG